GGUAAGGAAUCGGAACGCAGCCCAGUAGUUCAACGUGCAUCGAAGGCGCGAAUUUUAAAACAGAUUUUUUCGUAUGUAAUAGUUUUGUUUGACAAUGGACAUAUGUUCUAAAGUUCUUAUUUUAUUGAAAGUUUCUGCUACAAAUAUUAACAUUUGCUCUAUGAUGCCUGUAAACCGUCUUAGAUCUUUGCUUAUAAGUACAGUGGUCUUUAAAAAUAAGCAACUAGCAAUUCGUGUUAGGUUAUAGAGGUUAACUAAAAGCAAUCAAAUGUCGUGACAGAUCGUCAAAGCUUGUCGAAACUUGGUGCAGCAUAUACAUGUUAGAGUCUAAGACAACAUGAUCACGGUGCGAAAAUACAUUUGGCUAUCAUUACCACUGGCAAUGAUAUAUUUUCUACAUUCGCGCGGCAUUGUCAAGGAGAUCACGUCGCACUUGAUGGACGGAACGUUCAGUGUAGUUGACACGAUAUAUUUCGGACUGAACGGGAAUUCUGGCGGGCAAAGAGUGUUCACCGCCAGCGAACUGAAGCAAUACACGAGUCUGGAGAGUGGUCUGUAUCUUUCGAUCUUGGGGCAAGUUUUUGACGUGACCAAAGGUGAAAAGCAUUAUGGACCAAGUGGAAGCUAUCAUGCUUUUAUCGGUCGUGAUGCUUCUCUAGCAUUUAUUACUGGUGAAUUUGACGAGCAAGGCCUCACCGAUGAUGUCUCGAGUUUAUCUGUGCGACAAGUUAAGGCGCUGGAUGAUUGGCUGCAAUUUUAUAACGAGAAUUAUGUCUACAAAGGAAAAUUGUACGGUAGAUACUAUAAUCUCGAUGGUAGCCCAACCACAGAAACUGACAGGGUACAAGAAAAGGUGCUGCUUGCUAGAAAGGAGAAAUCGCUGGACGAUGAACAAAAAAGGAUGUUUCCACCUUGUAACAUAGAAUGGAAUGCAGACACUGGUACCGUAUUAUGGUGUACUAAAAGAAGCGGUGGGAUUGAUAGAGAUUGGGUUGGAGUACCGAGAAUGCUGUUCGAGAGCGCGAAUAAACAAGCCGCAUCUAGAUGUGCCUGCGUUCAAUUGGAUAGCAAAGAAUACGAGGAGAACAUAGCUAUGUUGAAAGAAUACGAUGGCUGUGAGAAACAUGCAACAAAAUGCGUCUUGGUGAUGAAGAAAAUGUGAAAAAGAAUUAAUUGCAACACAGUAUUUAAACAAUGCACUCCCUGUUUCUGGAAUCCUAUAUAUUUUAUUUUUUAUAAAAGAAAAGACGAAUUUUUAUAUUAUUAAAUAUAAAAAUAAAAUAUAUGCAUUUGCACACACACACACAGACUUUAAGAGAUUUUACACAAGUUUCUUACUUUAUUCUGUAAUUAAAUACGAUAUAUUUGUAAUUUUAUAUCCAUUAUCGUCUUCAUAAAAGUACAAACAACAAACAUAUGUUUUGUACGAAAACAUGUAUUUAAAUGCACACCUUAAAGCAAAUACAAUUUAUACAUUUUGG